AUGUGGCUAUUUGCAGCAAUCACCAUUGGCAGUGAGUUCAACCUUAUUUUCGAGCUCGCCAAGAUGAACCUGGAGGAGGUCUUAGAAGAAUCAGCCGGUAGAUUUACCCUCUGUGACUUGAUUGGAGAACCAUGCAAUCUGGCUAGUGCCCUGGCCUUUCUGCAUGAGGGCAUGGACCCGCCAUUGGUUGUUUGCUUUAUGGACCUAAAGCCGGAAAACAUUCUGGUAGUCUUCGAGGGGCCAAACAUGACUGGUGUUGGGACGUGGAAGAUCUCUGAUUUCGGAGUCUCUAUGGUGUCCAUGCCACCCUCACCCCCGUUAGACGCACCUGUCAAAUCCUUCUCCUUUCGGGAGCCUAGGAGGGGACAGGGACCAUACCAGCCACCGGAGGCAAACAAUGAAGGCAAAAUGGGGCCAAAAAGUGAUGUCUGGUCGCUAGGCUGUAUUUUGGUCCGGCUCCUCGCAUAUGGCAUCGCCGGUCCUUCUGGAAUGAAGGAGUUGGACGCUAAGCGUGGUCAGUCAGACAAUGGUAUUGACCGCUAUCAACAUAUUACUUCUAUCGAGCUAAGCCUCUGA